ACCGUCGGUUCAUCUAACCGGACUUGGUGAAAUUGGUCCUUAUGCUGCUUCGGCGUUGAGAUAUAGUUUUCUUAAUAAUUAUAUAUAUUUUAUAUAUUUAUGUAAUCAACCAAAAUACGACGAGUAUUGCAAGAUAAAUCAAGAAAUUUUGUAAAUUAUCACAAUGGCGUUGUCAAAGGCAUUAUUAAAACGUUUAAAUUCAGAUGACAAUCCUUUGCCGAAACGUAUAAAAUUAGCAGAAAUUGCAUUUUCUGCUACGGAUCUACCACUCGUUCGCAAAGAGGACUUGCUCCUGGAAUGGCUGUGUAAAAUUUGUAUCACGAAUCGACAUGCUUGGAAAAGUUUGAAUAAUUGUUUAAAGUCUGCUCAUAUUGACAUUAAGACCAAUACGAAACAACGUUUGGUUGAUAUGCUUGCGCAAACAUUAAAUAGUGAUAUGACAGAUGUAUAUGAAGAAAUUCUUGAAUGCUGCAGCUUAAUUCUUAUUAAUAACAGUAUGCGACAAUAUUUUAUGAACAAACCAAAGAAUCUAGGUUUCUUAGUAAAAACCUUAUUUAAUAAUGUAUUGGAGCAUUCCAGUUGUCACAAUGCAAUACAAGAAGAAUAUGAUCAAUUACUUGAGCCAUGUAAAUUAUCACUUGUGGAAAAUUAUGCUAUAAUAAGUAUUAUUGAAAGUUUAAUGCAAAUAUAUAAACAAUUGAUAGCCACAAAAAAAGAAUUAAGAUCAAUUUUCAUACAGGAUAUUUUAUAUCCUAUGUGUAAUUUAAUUGAUCACAGACAUACAGAUAAUACAAAUAAGCUUGGUGUAGUGGCGUACAAAUGUAUCCAACAAUUGUUACUCAGAGAAACCAAAUCGAUGCGAAAUGAACAAACCUCAAAAAAUGUCCAAACAAUGUUCUCUGAUUUACUUUGCACGUUAUCUGAAAAUGUGGAAACAUUAAAUUUUCAGAAUAAUUUUCUAACAUAUCAGUUUAUUUUUCGCGUUAUACUAGGCACUUACAAAUUAGACGCUGCUUUAUUGGAUGCAUUUUUCAGAAAUCUGAUUAACUCCUCUGGGAAAUAUAAGUGGGAAAUCUUGAAUGCUUUCCUCAAGCUACUAAAUGGCAUAACACUCGACUUUGAUAAUAUUAUAGAAAAUGUCACACUAUUUGAAUAUUUUCAGAAAAUUAUAAGCGACAUUUUAACAUAUGACAACAUUACAUGCAUACAUUAUGGUAUACUUACGCAACUUUCGUAUAUCAAUCCACUUUUAAUAGAAAGAAAUAUUCCAGAUAUUUUUAACAAGGUAUUAAUGAAAGAACAAACUAUUGAUUACACAAACUUAUUAAUCGCUAUUUUGCACUCCAGUAAUAAAUUGAGAUGUGAACAAAAGUUGAUCUCGCAAUUAUUAAUAUCAUUGAAGCAGCAUUUGACAAUGAGGAAAACGUACAAAACGAACACAUCAUUCUUUUCAUACGAAUUUAGAAUGAAACUGAGAGAAAUAAUUAGCAACUUUUCCAGUUCACAAACGAUUGCAACUUUAAGAACAUUAAUAUAUUAUUUAAAUAUAGAUUGUGUAGAAUUGUUGGAAUAUAAUACUUCACGUAAAAAUAUAUUAAUAUUACAGGCAACAAUAGAAUUGCUUGUUGUACUUUUUGAAGGUACACAGAUUUUUGAAUAUAUUAGAACACUGUCCACUCACGAGAAGUUUGUUAACGAUUUAGACAAACUGGGAAAUGCUUUAUCAUUGUUGAUAAACAAAGCAUUGUGUUUAAGUCAUGAUAAAAAUGUUAUUAUAUUACUGUUAAGUGCAGUGCAAUCAUUGAGCGAAAUGCAGGAUUUGUUAAAAUAUUAUGUACCGAAAGGUGCUGAUACGAAAAAACUAUUGUUCCCAAUCUUGGAUGACCCUUGGCAACAAUUAAUUCAGAGAAUAACUAAUUUUGGAGAAGACAAUUGCAAAAAUAUCAUGAAUAAACUUAUUUUACAUCGAAUAAAAUUGAAUACAUCAAAUGAACCUAUUAAACUUUACAGUUUAAUAGGCGGCGUCGAGUAUGCUUGGAGUUCUAUUUUGAAAUAUAACACAGAUAUACUUCCAUUAUUAAGUGACAAAGAGAUAUCCAAAGUGACAUGUUUAUUAUUAGAUGAUAUGACAUCAAGUGAAAAGAAUUUUCGUGAAUGGCUUGGUUUAUUAGAUAAUGAUUGUCUUCAAGAAAAUAGACGUUUUGUAAUGUGUCUCUUAAACCACAUUUUCAUCCAAAUUGAACACUGUUCAUCAUCAGGAUGUACAAAAACCAUUACAGAACACAUUAAUGCCAAAUUGUUGAUGGAGAACGAUCAUGAUGAUAUGCUGGGAAUGUUGCAAAUUAUAAAAGAAUUGAUAUCAUCACAAGAGCAAUGGGUUCAAAUGACAAAUGCAACUACUUCUAAAAUAAAAUUACAUUUGGAAUUAUUGCUUCAUUUACCGAUGAUGUAUUUUAAUUCUAAUAUAAGAACGUUAAUAUUUCUGCUUGUAUAUUCUAUUAGCAGAGAAUGUGAAAAAAAUGAAAUAUUGAUAUUAUGCAAGAUGAUCUUUUCAGAUUUACUAGAAAAAAUCGGAAUCGACAUAUUUCAAUAUAUAGAACCAAUAAUAUUGGUAAAUCAGUUACCACCAAAUAAAGCAUUUUUGAAAGCUUGUGAAUUCUCUCUUCGCAAUGUGAAAACAUACACCACUUUCAAGAAUCUCAUAAAAAGUUGUGCUCAAUGCAAGGAAACUAUGCACAAUCUUUUGGAAUGCAUGGAGGUGGUCAAACCAAAACUAGAUACUGAGCAAAAAAUUAUUUUUAGAAAGGCAGAGGAAAGAUUAGCCAAAGCUAUUUUAAAAAUAUUACCUGAAAAAAUAAACAAUGCUUCUGAUGUAAAAUAUUUGACAGCAGUAUUAAAAAUAACAGUAUCAACUGGAAAAGCUUUUAAUACUUUGAAAAAAUUGACUGAAUUAACUCUCGAAAAUAUAGUCACAAGAGAGAUAAUAAAGAAUACAAAUAACACAAAUAAUAAUACAUUGUUGCAACAAAGUGUACAAUUGGCUAUUAUCGUUUUACGACAUCGUAAAAUGUUCGAGAUCCAAGAUACGACCAUCAAAAACUUAUGGUUUAUAAUAUUGAAGCAUCCUUGCAAGAAUUUACUCGAAGCGUUAUUGGCAUCUCCUGAAUCAAAAGAAUUUUAUGAAUUUUUAAGAUUGCUGUAUGCUAAGACGAUUGAUAGCUUGUCACAAGCAGAUGAAGCAGCAUGGACGAAUUUAUUUGUCAUUUGGAGCGGCACAAUGAAGACAGAUAUGAGAGUCAAGCGUAAUAAAGCGCGUUUGCAUGCAAUCAACAAUUUAUUUGAAAUCAUGCUCUCGUUGGAUAUUCCUGACAAAUACUGGUCAGAUAUAUUGCACUUAUCUCACGAUAUAAUCAGUGUUAAGCACUUACUUAUUCCCGAUACUACAAUUGAUCUUAUCAUACUCAUUAGUUUAAAAUCGCUUGUCAAAGUAAAAAUAUCGUCAUGCGAUAAAGUGCUCGCCAUCUGUGAAACACUAAUGAAAGUCAAAACAAAUUUGAUAAUAGAUAGAUUACCUAAUUUAUUGUUGUUGUAUAGAAAUGUAGUAAAUAUCAUUGUUUACGCAUCGAAAAGCGUGACCGAUAAAUUUGAUGAACACCGAUUUAGAUGUUUCGCGCUCGAUAUCGAAAAACUUACAGGCUUAUUGAUAAAAUUGAAAAAAGAUAUGAUUCGACCAAGUCCCUAUGUGAUAGCCGAUUUCUUGCAAUUGUGUGUGGAAGGCGCUAUACCAUCUUAUAUUAAGAUGGCUUUGUAUAAUUCUUUAUGUCAACUAAUUAGCAUUUGUGACCAGCAUGGAAUUGCCUUUUUAUCACGUACAUUACCAACAUCAUUGCAGGAAGUUUUUAAAGUACAAUUAAAUACAUUUAAUAAGUUUUAUAAAUUCUCUGGCAAGGUUUAAGUCUUCAUUACUUCUCUAGGAGAGUAAUUUGAUACUUUUCAUGAGAGACGGAAGUAACUAAAUAUAAAAACAGAUGAAUAUAAUA